CUUUUUUAUAUCAUGUUUAAAAAACCUAAUCGAACGAAGAAUAUACGACGAAAGAUAGAAACAAGUGACGAUGAAACUAAACCAGAUGAAGAACCUGUUGUAUCUAACACAAUACUGAAAUCCAAAUCUGAUAAGAAGAAAUCGAAAAAUAAGUCAUUAGGUUUAAGUUUUGAUCAUCAGGACCAAGACGAUGUCGAUGGCGAAGUAUUUCAAGUUAAAAAAUCAAAAGCAAGUCGUAAACUAGCCAGCGCCAGAAAACUUCAAUUAGAAGCAGAUACCACCACUUUAGCCUCAGAAGACUCUACCACACCAUCAACAUAUAACGACGAUUAUCUUGCAUCGUUACGUGCAAGCACUCCAGCGUUACCACCUACUUUACGAAAUGCAACAAACGAUGAUGGUUCUACACUUUUGGCUGAAAAAUUCCCAAAGACUAUGACAGCACGAUUAGGAGAUAUGACUAUUCCAGACUCGAACGCUAUCCAUGCUGCCAAAAAGAAACGUGAACUUAUGCGACAAGGUGUAGUUGUAGUAGAUCAUGAACAAGGUUUUGUAGCACUAGAUGAUACUUCAAGUGGUUCUCGUUUGGUCCGAGAAGAGGAUGAUAUUGGAGAUGAUGGUGAAGGGGAUUAUGAAAAGUACGUUGGAGAACAGAUCACUUUGGACAAGAAAGAAGCUAAGAAACAAGAAUUGGAACGAUUACAGAAUGCACGUGAAAUGAUUCUUGAUGCUCAAGAUGAAGCUGAUGAUUCGGGUUCUGAUGAUUCUGGAGAAUUGGACAGAUGGGAAAAGGACUUGAUUAAACAUGGUGGUGUGCGAACGAAAUAUGAAGAACCAGUGGUAGAUCCAUUUGCGACUCCUCGUGGAUAUCAACCAGCUAUUAUUCCUGAAGCAGCUGCUUUACCUACUUUGGAUGAUGUUCUCAAACGUCUAGAUUUCAUAUCAUCAGAUAUUACACUUACUAUGCAACAAUAUGAAUCUCAACUAUCGGACGCAAAGAAAGGAAUGAUGGAUUUGAAUAUCACUGGUGACGACUUGGAUCGAGAAAUUCAACAUGGAAGUAAGCGAUAUGAUUAUUUCCAGUCUUUAUCAAACACUGUGAAUGACUUGGGUGAAUUUUUGGAUGUCAAGAUUCCAGAACUCGAAAAGUUGGAAAAGGAUGCCCACGACAUUAUUGCAGCAAAGCAGGAAAUAGUGCAAGAACGACGAUGGUUGGAAGAUAUGGAUUUACUUUUAUCAUUUGCUGUGGUACCUGAACAUCUCUUGGAAACCGAUCAAGAUACUGAUGAUAUGGAUGAAUUUGGUCGUUCGCGGGUAUCAAAAUUAUCAGAAGCUGCUCGUCAACGAAGAUCAAAUGAAAGGCAACAACGUAUUGAAGCAAAUCAAUCCCUUAUGGAAUGUGAUGAAAAAGAAAUAGCAUUUUGGUCUGAUGAUGAUUUACAAGAUGGAUGGAUAGAGAAGCGGGAUCAGAAGCUAGAUGAUAUCCAAUUCAACAAAAUGGACGAAUUAUUUGAUGAUGUUAGUGAUGAUUUCAAAUCACUGGAGGCUGUAAAAUCAUUCUUUGAAGCUUGGAAAACUGACUUUUAUGAAGAUUACAAGAAUGCAUUUGGAAGUCUUAGUUUACCUGCUGCUUUUGAAUUUUAUAUUCGAUGUGAAUUGGUUGCCUGGAAUCCCUUUUCUGAUCCAAUCGAAUUUGAUACGAUGAAAUGGCAUUCGACGUUAUCAAAAUAUGGUAUUAUAGAUGGGGUAGAAGGUCAUGAAGAUGCUGAUGUGGAAUUAUUGAACAAGGUUGUGGACAAGGUUAUCAUCAAAAAGAUCAAAGGUUUAUUGGACACCAUGAAUCCUGCUUCUUCAAAGGAAACUCGUUACGCAGUUCAAGUCGCAGAACAAGUUUCUUAUUAUGUUGACAAACAUGAACGGUCAUUUCAGGAAUUGAUGAUGCAAGUUGAAAAAGUCAUUGAAAAACCAUUAUUACGAUACGCUCAAAUAGUGGAAUCAGCUACAUUGAUGAUGGAACGACAAGACGAUUCAAGUAACAAUAAGAAACAGUUUGUGUGGCGACAGUUGAAAUAUUUGAAAAACUUGAUCUUAUGGCGUCGAUAUAUACCAAGAGACAAUCUACUAUCUUUAGGCAAACUAAUUGUUCAUCGGAUUGUAGCUCCCUUAUUAAAACCUGGAUUGGUUCCUGGUGAUAGUGAUUUGGAAAAUGAAGCAUUGACCCUUUAUGCCCGUUUAGAAUAGAUUAGAUUAAAUCAUUAUUUUAUGGAAUAAAAAUUAGUUGAUGUUUUGUAUUAUAUUAUAA